CUGACAAGCCUACUGAGCUUUGUGUUUUAUCCAGGAAACUAAGAAUCAUACCUUAAUCUAUUCACAGCAGUCUGUGGUCAUGCUGCUUUUACUGUCUGCUCAUGUUAAUAAAAACUUUCAAUUGAAAUUCUUGACUGUUCGUCAUCUUUAUGCUACAACGCACGGGCUGGUUACGCGGUUAACUAACACAUUUUCCUUUUGUUAAAUGUUAUUGUUUUUUUUCUGAGGAUAUUUUUCUUUUGGAAAUCAUCUCUAUAGUUCUUCCAAAUUGUAGGAAGCACGGUUAUGGCAGGGAUUGUCAGAAAGUCCAGGAAUCUCCGAUUUCCCUGCAAUAACCUGGCAUAUAAGGCAGUUGUUAGAAGUCUUUUGAACAGUAGGCGGCGCUGCAGCCACGCUUAACUUUCGGCGAAGCUCAAACCCCUGGAGGGAGAGAGGGGGAGAGCAGCUUCCUCUCCCUGUGUUUCUGCUGUGCACAGCGGACUCUCCUCUCCUCUCCUCUCUCUCGCAGCGUGCAGAGCCUACGAGCGGCAGGUGUGUGUCCGCCGAAGCUUUCCUCCACUUUCACGACGUUCCGGGCAGAAUUUGGAUACAAAUCCGAGACGGCAACUCACGCUGCAUGUCGGCGGCACAGAGUCCAUCUCGGCUGUGUGGAUGUUGCAGUGAUAGUGGAGCAUCUUCUCCGCUGUAUCGCACUCAGCCGGCAUCGUCAGCUGUUGCUCUAGCAGAGAGUGUUAGAGUCGGGAGCAACAGAAAAGGCCAAACUAUGCCACUGAUUUCCUGCCGGUAACCGUUUUCCACCCUAAGUCUGCCGGGGAGCGGAUGCGAGCAGAGGUCGUCAACGAGCCUCCAAGUAUUUUCUGCCCUUUGUCGGUGCCGGAGGAGCUGUGCCAAUGGAGAAAGCGACUCCACCGCCCCAGCCCCAGCUCCAGCUGUCGAUAGCGAAGACGGAAAGUCCAGCAGAGGACAUCUCCGGGCUGACUGACGAGGAGCUGCUCAAGUGGACCAAGGAGGACCUGGUGCGCCGGCUGAGGCGGUCCGAGGCCGACAAGAUGAGCGUGAUUCUGGAUCACGGGAAUCUAAUCCGAGAGGUCAAUCGGAGCCUCCAGCUGCACUUGAACGAGAUCAGGGGGCUGAAGGACAUUAACCAGAAGCUGCAGGAGGACAAUCGUGAGCUCCGGGACUUGUGCUGCUUCCUGGACGAUGACCGUCAGAAAGGAAAGCGUGUGUCCAGAGAGUGGCAGCGCCUGGGACGCUACAGUGCCAGCAUCAUGCGCAAAGAGGUGACCCUCUACCUCCAGAAGCUGAAGGAGCUGGAGGUUCGGCAAGAGGAGGUAAUCCGGGAGAACCUGGAGCUGAAGGAGCUCUGCCUGCUGCUGGACGAGGAGAAGGGGGUGGUAGUUGGAGGAGGCGGUGGCGGGGGAAGUGGUGGCGGUGGAGGGGGUGUAAUGAUGGGAGGGUGCCGCAACUCCAUAGACAGCCAGAAUAGUUUACUGCUGGUGCCUGGCCAGGGGCUACUGAUGAGAGACGUAGGGGACGGGAGCAGCACCUCCAGCGCGGGGAGUGCUGACAGCUCCGAUCACCCGCACCACAAGCAGCCCCACCUGGCUGCAGGGGUGGGCGUCGUCGGCAGUGGUGGGGAAAAGGGCAGCCCCGAGCUUGUGCAUAAACCCAGGUGUAGCAGCAUAAGUGCAAUAGGAGGAAGCGGAGGAGACAGGGAUGUGUCCAGUCCCGAGCACCCAGCUGGGCGCCACCGGAGUACAAGCCUGGAGUACCCGUAUACCCUGCCCCAGCUCUGCCGACCCCGCUGUGGCUCCAUAUCUGUGCCUGACCACAGUCGGGUCAUGCGGGGCCUGAGCCCGGAAAAAUACGGAAGGAACGUGGGUCGUCGUAGUCCGGAGCAGCACCCCAAGCACCACAGCUCUGAUCUUCUCCUUGGCCAGAGGCAGCACUACCUGGGCCACGGGGGCAGCGGGGAGCUCUACCAGAGGCACCACAGGAGCAGCAUUAGCAGCAUGGGCUGUGGGAGCCCAGAGCCCAGGCAGGCGCAUUUGGGGUCGGGUGAGCACCACGAAAAGGGCUGCAUGGUCCAGGGCGGAAGCCCCGAAACUCAUAGGCACCAGUACAGUAUGAGCCCUGACCACGUGAAGUUUGGAAGCCCUGUGAGAGAGGGGCAGAGGAGGCCGACCGGAGAUGAGCUCUCGCCACAUCAUCGGAGCAUCUAUAAUGGCAUGAAUGCUUUGAUAUCGGCCGGCUGCUGCACCAACAACUGUAGAAAUGUCAAGCUAUGGGACAGCUUUGAUGCUUCUUCUUGACCACAACCCAACCAUCUACGCCUCUCCAAGGGAGGGGAGGCUUCAAUCGGACAGCGCUCCAGCGUCCCCAGGAUGCCGGCCUCCGUGGCUCCGGAUGGUCUGUAGUCCAUGGCCUCAUCCAUGUCCACAGCCCUUAAAACAGCCUGCCUCCAUAUUUUCAUUUCUACAUAUGGCGAGUUUGAACGGAUAGGGGUGGAAGUUUUACUUUAUUUAUUUUUUUGUGGGGGAGGACGCUAUAAGAACAGUUGGUUUAAAUGCGUGAAAACUGCCGCAGCUAAACGGAUCAGAGCGGAUAUCGCUCCCUGCCAACUGUGACAUGGCUACCUCCUGGAGAGAACCUAGAGAGAAGGGGAGGGAUGCUGGGGAUUGGUGAGAGGAGAUCAAGAGGACUUUGCACUGUUUGUGCUGCUACCCUCUGUUUACAAAUGGGGAUGAUUGGCGGAGAAGCACAUGAAACUUUCUAUACCCCUCCUAUUUCCCACCCUGUUUUCCCUGCUUUCUUCCUCCUCUCCUCCAUCCUCCAUAGAAACUCAUCAUCUUCAAAGUGUGUAAUGAGACCGGUGUAAUCUAAUGUUUUGUCUCAGUCUCCAGAUCCAAAUGAUCACACGAUUACGAUCGUCUCCUCUCUCUUCCUCAUAAAGAUUCUGCCAUUUCAACUGAACAUAAAAACAGAAACAUAUUUGUCUGAUGUUCUAGCAAAGAAAAAAAAAACAACCUCUUCCUGUGUCUUAAACCAAGGUGGUCAACAUUACUAGCUGCUGACAGAUGUUCUAGUUCUAUGAGAUGCAAUGUUCAGGUGUAAUUUUUCUUUUUUGUAUUAUCUUCUUUAUUCCCUUAAAGCGCCUAUAUUGAAGCUGGGGAGAAGAUUAUACAUUUCUCCAUGUUGUUUUUUUACAAGGAAGUAAAGUCCAAGUAAAAAGUAGAUUAUUGGAUUAGUUUUCUAUAUAUCUAUAUAUACAAAUAUUAUAUGAUUAUUAUUUUUGACUUACUGGUAUUAGAACUACUAUAUGAAAAAUGCAUAUGAUAUAUAUCAAAUAAUAAACAGACUUCUUUAUCUAA